CUGUGUUCAGAAGGCAUGCUGCUGGAGACAGAAAUGGGGCUCCGUGAGAAGUCAUGGCGGGUUCUGCAGCACCUGGGGGUUUGCCUGCGGGCGGCAGGUAUGCUCUGUUUCCUGCUGACGCUCAACGUCACCCUGAGGGUCCUGCACCUCAUCUCACCUGCCUUAGUCAGGAAGCUGCAGCUCAAAAUGGGUGAGAAGAGCACCAUGACCUACAAUCCCCGGUUCCGGUACGAGGACUGGGGUCCCACCUUCCUGACUGCAGCCUUCAUCAAAGAAGCCGUCACCAACAUCUGCCGCUCAAUCAGACAGAAAGCCUUUGUGGGUGGGGUCGCCCCGGACUCACCUGUGAUCACCAUGGAGACGGAGAGGACCAGCAUCCUCAGAUUCAUGAAAGGUGGCAGGCCGCUGGUGCUCAGCUUCGGGAGCUGCUCCUGACCCCCCUUCAUGUUCACACUGGACCAGUUCAAGCGGCUCGUCGCGGACUUCCGGGACGUGGCGGACUUUCUGGUCAUCUACAUCGCAGAGGCGCAUUCCUCAGAUGGCUGGGCCUUCGGCAACAACUAUGACAUCAAUCAGCACCAGAGCCUGGAGGAGAGGCUGUCUGCAGCCCGGAUCCUGGUCCAGAGCGACCCGCUGUGCCCCGUGGUCGUUGAUGAAAUGAGCAACGCCGCGGCCAUCCAUUACGGCAGCCACCCCGAGAGGCUGUACGUGCUGCAGGCGGGGAAGGUGGUGUAUAAGGGCGGGAUUGGGCCGUGGGGCUACAGUCCUCAAGAGGUUCGCUCCGUCCUGGAGAAGCUCCAGUAAGAACAUUUUGCCUCCAGAUGACAAAGAUUUCCUGAAGCUUUUGUGAUGGAACGCUGCUGUAGGUGUUGGUGCUUCAACAGUCUCACAUGACCUCCGAAGUCCUGCCUGCUUUCAAACUGUUUGGGCCGAACGUUUCUGGAUGAAGGUUGCAGGUUAAACCCCCCCGGGUCUCUGCAGCUGGAUGUAGAGGAACAGACGGUUCACUCAGGUCGAUGGAAGUUAGGUCUCCAGGGUGUCGAAGACAGAUUUAUCAUUUACGGUAACUCCGUUCCUCUAAAAGCAGCUUUUACAUAAAGUCUAAAUCCAGGAAAACUAAUAUCCAAUGAAACGAAGAUCACGUUUAGGAGGAUGAAGAUUUUCCCUCAGUUCCUAGUUUACACUAAAGGGCCCUUUCUUUUUAUAAAACUGGUUUAAAGUCCUUAUUGCUGCAGGACAUGAUGUUCCCAUUUCUUGAUCCUAAUCCAAGUUAAUCCUUAACCGUUUUAUCUAAGGACAAGUUUCAACAUCAGUGUUUAUAAAAAAUGACCCACCUUUUCUGAUUUGAGGGCUUUAAUGUUCCGCUUUUAUUGUAGAAGAAAUGUUUUUGUCAAAGUUCUCUGGGUUUUUGGAAAAUCUUCAGUUCUGAUCAGAACAUUUACAGCCAUCCUCCAGUUUGUGUUGUAUCAUCAUCUCUGUCAUCUUUGUCAUUUGAGCAAUAAAGAGCUUCAUCUACUGAAA